GCGUGCUGCCUACCUCUUGGAUCAGAGGACUCGGCUGCUUACGCUGGCUGGCUAGUGGGAGGGGAGCGGUGGGGUAGGGUGAGGGGUCAACGAUUGCGAACGACGGAGACGUAUCACAGUCUACGAUGUGAACGACGACGAGGCAAAUCGUACGUGCAGUACUUCAAGGAGAUUUCGUCAGCGCGGGAGUUCGUCCUGUCGCCCGACCAUUUCUACUACAUCCUAGGCUAUAAUCCGGAAACGAACAGACUGGCGAGCAUCCAGGGCGAGAUCCGCGUCGGCCAGACGUACCAGGCGCGUUUACCUGAUCUGAUCGUCGACCCGGGCCGGCAACGCGAAACGUUGUUGUGGACGCCGAAUUUGAUUGCUGACUCCGACCUGAUGAUUAUGGCGGCGUUCGCUGGCAUGUGCGAUGGCGGAUCACCAGACGACGGACGCGUCGCGGCGGCCAGGGACCAGACGACUACCAACGCGUUCAACGUCUUGCACGACAGCAACUAUGACACCGGCAAGGCUUUACAGCAACUCGUCAAAAACCCGAUCCCUCUGUCGGCCAAGAAGAAGUGGACCGAGGAGGAAACAGUGAGUGUUUGUCGAUGCCGGUCGAUCCGAUCGAUUGAUUUGUCGUCGUUGUCACCGUCAUCCUCAUCGAUGUUGUUGCCACCGUUUUCGUUUCCUCAUUUCACUCACCUUCACUCUUUGUUUUAUAGAAAAAAUUCGUCAAAGGCCUGA